UGGUCAAUGCAAGGACAACGCUUGCUUUGAUCCGCGCCUGAAGGAGCCAGAACGAGACGCCGCUUAUGCGCGGCGCCCCGCAUAAAUCGAUGCGCCGAGGCUCUCGGCCGCGCGACAUAUGUGUCCGCGCACGCACGCGCGCGCACAUGUCGCCGCACUGACAGACACAGACGCGUGCGGCCAGUUCGCGCUCGCCGCCAGGCUCACGCUCGUCAUCUGGAGGCAUUUUCCGAUCGCAUCGACAUCGUCGCCGACGACCGGUUCGACACCAAUUUUCCACUCGAUCACAUAGGGAGAGCCGCUACGAUGAAGGGCCGUCGCGGUCGUCGCGCUGCCGUCGCGAGGAACAGCCCGUCACCGGGACAGUGAGAGUCGCGAUAGUGCGGUAGCCGCCGAUGUCGCCAGCGGUGACCACGACGAGUCCCGUCGCCGAGGCUGACAGCAGCAGCGGUACGAGCCUCGGACGAAACGCCAGGGUGCCGUCACCUCACUAAUCACGCCCGAGAAUAAUGAGAAUCAACGCGACGAAGAUGAGCACUCCGAUCGAGGAGAAGAUUGACCAGAAGCUCAAGAAGUCGAAGAUGCGGUUACAUCUGAGAGUUAUGUUUUGGACUUGGAAUUUUCUGGACCAGCGCUCGUACAUCUUCAACUCAUCUUCUCGCGUCAAUUAUUCUCUUUACGCGCUCAAUCGACACGUUUCAUCAUCCCGAUGAAAUUCACGGUGCGACAGGUACGAACGGGAAUGGUGACGGUUAGCGAUGGAAAGAGUAAACCUAUCCCGAUGCGUUUGCACCUGUCGAUGGAGGUAUUGAAGCUUCAACGAGAGGAUUUGGAGCAGGCAGCGAAUCACAAUAAGCCACCUCUGGACGCCAAGGAGCGCAUGGUGCAAAUUACCAGGCAGAAGGUCGGUGGUCUGGGACUGAGCAUAAAGGGUGGAGCGGAACAUAAACUUCCAGUGCUGAUAUCGAGGAUUUAUAAAGGUCAGGCCGCCGAUCAGUGCGGUCAACUCUUUGUAGGAGAUGCAAUUAUUAAAGUGAAUGGAGAGUAUAUUACGGCGUGUAAUCACGACGAUGCUGUCAAUAUUUUAAGGAAUGCCGGUGAUAUAGUAGUUUUAACGGUCAAACAUUAUCGAGCGGCCAAGCCAUUUCUACAAAAGAAUGAGAAGGAAGAAAAGUUGGAUAAUGUUGCCAAUGGUACGGCGGAAGACGGAUGGAUAUCGCCCAACAGGCAAGGAGGCAGUCCCAGAUGCAGUCACAGUCGACAAAGUUCGAACGCAUCUUCGAGCUCGAUGCAAUAUAAAAGAUGGGUGGAUGUCAUUACGGUUCCAUUAAUGAUGGCGUAUGUCACAAGAUAUAUAUUUGGAACCGACAAAUUAAGAAGAAACGCAUUCGAAGUGAGAGGUCUUAACGGAGCGCGUACAGGAGUAAUACACUGCGAUGAUAGCGCUAUUCUGAGCCAAUGGUUAAAAUAUAUAACUGAUAACAUUACAGGAUUAACGCACUUGCAGAUGAAACUGUACAAUCGCAAUUUUGGAGUCGGUGAACGCAUAGAAUACAUGGGCUGGGUGAAUGAGGCAGUUAGCAAUAGUAAUCAACCGUGGCAGAGUUACAGACCGCGGUUUCUGGCUCUAAAGGGACCGGAUUUAUUGCUGUUUGAAACACCUCCUUGCAAUAUCGGCGAUUGGUCACGCUGCGCGUUAACUUUCAAGGUGUAUCAGACAAUGUUUCGCGUGAUGCGCGAAUCGGAGAAUGUGGACGAGCGGCAGCAUUGCUUCUUGGCGCAAAGUCCAGGAAAACCGCCACGUUACUUGAGCGUCGAGACUAGACAAGAACUCCUGCGAGUCGAGGCAGCGUGGCACACCGCCAUAUGUUCAGCUGUUACAUAUUUAAAGAGCAAAACUUUCCCAGUGACUUUUAAUAGCAGAAGCGCAGGUUUAACGUUGGAAUGGACUCAAGGAUUCACGUUGUCGUACGAAGGGAUCGGCGAAAUUGCGUGGCGUUACAAAUUCUCUCAAUUGAGAGGGUCCAGCGACGACGGUAAAAGCAGGCUCAAAUUACACUUCCAAGAACCAGAUAGUAUUGCUAUCGAAACGAAGGAAUUGGAGUGUUCCCAGUUGCAAAACUUGUUAUUCUGUAUGCAUGCGUUUCUUACCGCAAAGGUAGCCGCGGUAGAUCCUACAUUUUUAACGUCGACCACUCCGUAAAGAGCUGUAAUAUAGAUGUAAUAUGAUAUAAACAUUAUUGCCGACGAAUCACCAAGUGGAUCACUUUUGUGUUCUGUUGACGUUAUAUGGAUUAGAUAGAGAGCUUGAAGUGCGCUAAAAGUUCGCUGAAGGGAGAAGCAGCAGAAGAGGAGUGACAGAAACUAGUCAAUAUAUCCAAAAAGUAUUUUUAUCGUUUACAUAAAUAUACAGAUCACAAAGCGGUACUACUCUAUUCAUCCUACCAAGCCAAUUUCACUAGUAUACAUAUGAACCUAACGGCUAUUAUAGUAUUAUACGCAUCUAAGUAUAAGAAUUCUUUAGUUUCUAGGAGCGGCAGUGCGCAUUUAUGUAUAAUUGUCCUAUGACGCGAUUAUGUUUUAUAUAUUAUCUGCUUUUGUUGUGUAUAUUCUUUUUUGAAUUUUUGACAUAAUAUCAUGUUUUGUGUGUAUACGUGAUU